UCGUCCUAUCUGGCAAGUUAACAUAGCCUGAAUUCUCCGUAUUCUCUGGCCAUAUCAGGACAAAUUCACGCUGAAUACGGGAUAGGUAGAAGAAAAAGUUGUUGCCGGAAGAGAAUCAUGUCUGGAAUAUUACUUUAGAAUUUUCAAUAUUUGUAUGUGUAUCUGUGGAUUUUUUGUUGAUGAGAAUACAAUCAAAUCAUGGGAGUCAAAACUUUUUUUGUCGUAAUAGUUUGGAGCCUGACGCUGUACGCUCAAACUGAUGCGGCGUUUAACAUACAAGGAUGCUACAAGGUCGACGUCAGCAAUCGCAUCUUUGUGACGUCAGCUGGUGACUAUGACCCGGACGAUAUUGACCAUGAUACCUGCGCGGAUGCCUGUGCAGUCCUCGACUACCAGUAUGCCGCUCUUACAAUGGGUCGCUAUUGUCUGUGCAGUGACGAUACCUACUCCAGUUCCAUAGUGAGCACCUGUGACCGCACAUGCAGCGGUGACGUCUCUCAGGAGUGCGGGGGAGCCGAGAGCGACACGGUACUCAGCAUCGUCCUGACGCGCGCAGCGGUGCAGCUCAACAGCACCAGUGACGUCUUCGUUGUUGGGCAACCUCGGUCCCUUCAACCCGACGUCACAGGAGCUUCAGUGACAACGUCGUUCGACUAUGGUGACGGAUCGCAUGCUACGGCUGACGACGCAGUGGUGACAAUGAAUCACGUGUAUGCAGUCCCCGGUCAAUAUGUUGCGAGCAUCUUUGCUAAGAACAGCUACUCGAGUGCCUUCGCCGGUGCGCAAAUCACUGCCUACAUGGGUAUUACCGAUGUCCAGAUGGAUUGCCCGGAGGUAGUCGAACCAUCGACAUCGUUCACCUGCUCGAUCACCGUUACCGACGGUUCUGAUAUGACCCUGUCGACGAACAUCGGAAGUUCAUACCACAUUGGGACACCAAAUACCUUCUCGGUAGGAACUGUCUCGCAAUAUGCCCUGUCCACCCUACAAAGUGACGCCGUUUUAUCAGACACCGUAUGGAUCUUACCGGGCCAGGAGUUUCUUGAUAAUGGGGUCAUCCGAUCGGUGGAGGUCAAUGUUGACGCUAUUGGGACGAUUAACUUUCUGAUCCUAGAACCAUUCUGCAGCGGCGCAGGUGAAACCUACUGCCUAAUUGACAACCAGUGCACGACGUCACAAUGUGGCUACGAUUCCUCGAUGCCGACCAAUCCCUUGUAUCAUACCUACUGUGAUUCGUCCACGCACGUCUUCUGUUUAUCCGAACACCGUUGCGCAUCGAAAUCCGACGAGUCCACCUGCGAUGCAGAACCGGACCGGUACGCUUCAUCCACGGGCGACGCUAGUCGUGCAAGCUACAGGGUCAGACACGUCAUUACCAAGACAGCUACCACUACCGGUUACAACUACUUCGAGAUACCCUUCGCAGACAGAACCGCAACUGCAGAAAUCGGAGAUGUCUUAGGCUACGCGGUUAGUACAGGGACCGCUAUAAUUAGGUAUGAAACUGCGGAUACCGAUGAAGCGGUGGCGUUCAGUCUAGCGACGUCGAUACCCGUGGCAGGGACGCCGUACUCCUCCGGCUUUACCGCAGAAGCAAAGCGGUUCCAUAUUCGGUUGACCGCUAUUGAUCCCAUUUCUGUCAUUCUGGAGCACGUAUACCCUAAUAUCGGAACGAACAACAUCUCAGCGACAGUCAACAACACACUGGACUCUGCAGGUAUCACGGCCGAAAGUGUGGUCGAGGUACAGAUCCCCAUUCUCAGUGAGUAA